UAAUUGCCCUCUCCAUUUCCUCAUGUUUUCCCAGGUAGGCUGCACCAGCUGACAAUAAAUAGGCUGCACGGUGAGCAUGAUUAAAGCAAAGCGGAUCCCCUUGUUGACAGUCAGUCAGUCAGAGGAGACAGAGAAACAGAGACCGGAUGGACAUGAAGCAGGUUGUCACCUUUUUACUUUUCCUCGUGCCCGUGUGGGCCUGCAAGAUGCACAAGUGCUACGAGGACCACGAGCUGAGCGAUGCGGCGAAUAGGAAGCUGAUGAGCCACUACCCGCAGCCUCCGGAGCCCUUGAGUGCCGCGGCAGCCGACACGCCUUCCUCUUGUCCCCUGGCGCUUUACGAGCAGCAGCUGCCUCAGCACAUCAGCGACAGAUCCGUGUCCCCAUGGAGAUACGUACUCGUGACUAAGAAGGAUCACUUUCCCUCCACCUAUGCCGAGGCUCAGUGCCUGUGCUCAGGAUGCAUCCUGAUCCGCGACAAGGCUCCGCCACAGAUGAGCGACAACUACAACUCAGUCCCCAUAAAGCAGAGCAGGGUGUUUCUCAAGAAGGAGCUCUGCUGUGACGAAGACAAAUACUACCUGAAGCCAGUCACUGUGGAGGUAACUGUGGGCUGCACCUGCGUCAGAGUCAAGAGCUCAUAGAGGGGACCCGGCGAGACCUGCUGGCACAGUGGCACUCUACAGCUCUUUUGUGUUUGUUUUUAAAUUCAAUAAGUUCUCUGGGAAGUGUAACUCUGGGGUGUCGUGUCCUCCAGUGUGUGAUCAGUGAGCACACGUCGUCAGUGGACUGUUGGGUCAGAGACCAUGGUGCAACAUGCUCUCUGAUGGGAGUUUAAGGGAUCAUUUAGCAGCCUGUGUUUAUGGGCCUAUUUAUUGUCAUAAUGACAGCAUCAUAAUUGAUGCAUCUAUCAUUUGUGUUUUGUAGGUCUGUGUAGACCCUGUUCGCUCUUUAUUGACUUGUUUACACCUAUGCAUAAUGCAGCUAAUGUAAACUGGGUAUUUUACAAUGUACUUGUUUUCAUACUGAUGGCUUUGUCAUCGAGGAAAAUGGCUAUUGUAUAGUUCUGUAGAGUAAUAUUUAAGUGCUAAUAAUAUGUGAAUAAUUAUCUAUUUAUUUGGUUUGUUUUGCCUAUGAAAUGUUUGAAUGAGUGAAGGGUUUAAAUGCUCAUGAGUGGAUGAAGACUAUUUAUUUAUGUAUCUUGUAGGUUUCGUCCCAGUGGGACUUUAUUAGUCUAAUAAAGAC